GACCAGUUUCUCUGCAGUCUCCUUGGCCCGUCACGCGUAGUAAAAGGCAUUAGCGUCCGUGUCUGUCACCUUCGUCAUGGUCACGCUAAUCGAGGUAAUCGCCUGCGCCAAUAAACUGACAGGUUUAUGGGCGUGCAGACGCGGAAGCCGCCGCAGACCAAUAGCCGCCGAGUGGACUAGCUGAGAGCCGCAGUUGGACACUUGAUUUAAAAGCAAUUAAAAUGCGAAUUGAUGUCGCGAUUGAUUUCGCUCGUAUUCGACUCAUUUGUUGCAGAUAUCUUCGGUUGAUGGGUCACGCAAUAUGAUGAUGAUGCUAUGUUGCUGCCGGACCAGACGUACGCCGACUACGUGGACCGACAUCUGACCAAGCCGGGCUUCAAGAGCUCCGGCACCAGCAGCAGCAGCAGCAGCUACGACCGCACCGCAGAUUUCUUUGAGAACAUACCCGACUUCGUCGGCGCCUCCCUGCCGGCCUUUCUUUACAGUCACAGUCACAGUCACAGUCCACAGAGCAGCCGACAGCCUGCAGAUGCGCACCAAGACACGCCGGAGACCCGGCGCUCCUCCAACUCCAGCGGACCAACUAAGGAGCCGAGCGAGACUUCGGGCAGGAGCGAUAACUGCGACGAUGUUUUGCGACUCUGCGAGGACUUUCUCUGUCGGCAUCGCAUGCGCCCCGACUUCUUUUGCCAAUACCACAAGGCACUCAGCUCAACCACGCCGUCGCCUAAGCAAAGCAAAGCUUCGCCAACCGUGGACAAGGCCGAAUGCUCCGCGGGGCCAAGGGCUGCCAAGGAACAGGAAUCCUCGGUGCUAUCCGGCAAUAACAUCAAUGAUGUGGUCGAACGAUUCACAAAGUUCUCAGCUAUUUACACACUCCCGGUUGCCAGGCGAAAGAAAACAUGCAACAAAACCACAGGAAACAUAACUGAUGCCUCGUCGUCAAAUGAGGCAGUGCACCUGCAACAGCGGCUCAAAAGUCUAAGCACCGAGCUGCUGGUCAUGCGCAAUCGGCUGCAUGUGGAGAGUCAGGGGCAUGGCCGGGCAGGCGAUGUACAGCACCACGGUAUGGGAGGAGGCGCCGGCGCCGGCGGUGGCGUUUCAGUUGGCGCCGGUGGCGGAUCAAAGGCGGCCAAUUAUGACUUGAACGCGUCCAGUCCGAACCUCAAUCUGGGCUCCGGGGGGCUCUCUGCGAAUGCACUGCAGCAGCAUGCGAACGGAAGCGGCCAGAACACCCUGACCAAGCAUGCGUACAACUACAGCCAGACGCUGCCGAGCAAUGCAGGCUCCGGCGCUGUCAUCCCGGCGCGCAACACGUCCAUUCCGCAUCCGCUGCCGCACCAGCUGAGCGGCGAGGUGUCCGGCAUGGGCCAGAGCAAGGGGCACGGCGGCAGUCUGGGCUUUACGGGAACCUUGACGCCCGCCUCCCUGCCCCACAGCGUCAAUGGCAGAUCCAAUACGCUGCCCAUGCGCUCCUCCGCCGCAACUUCUCUUCCGGCGUCAGCGACUGUGACUUCGCAUCCGAAUAGCCAACAAUUGCCAUCCACAAAGCACGUGAAUCCUUGCCAGAGCGUGAAAACGUUACCAUUCGGAUUUGGCUCUGCAGCCGGCGGUGGCAAGCAGCCGCAGCAGGUCAACCGUCUGGCCAAGGACAUGCAGGAUCUGAUCCAUCUGGCGGGCCCGUUGAACGAGCACGCCGUCAUGCACACCCUCCAGGCCCGCUUCAACGAGCAGCGCUACUUCACCAACGUGGGCUCGAUACUUCUGUCGAUUAAUCCAUACCUGGAUGUUGGAAAUCCGCUAACGCUCACUUCUACGCGCGACCUGCCGCUGGCGCCGCAGCUGCAGAAGAUCGUUCAGGAGGCAGUGCGUCAGCAGAGCGAGACGGGCUACCCCCAGGCCAUCAUACUGUCGGGCACCAGCGGGGCCGGGAAGACGGCGAACGCCAUGCUCAUGCUGCGCCAGUUGUUUGCCAUUGCCGGCGGUGGCCAGGAGACGGAUGCCUUUAAGCAUUUGGCCGCCGCUUUUACAGUAUUACGCUCACUUGGAUCCGCCAAGACGACCACCAAUUCCGAGUCCAGUCGCAUUGGCCAGUUUAUUGAGGUUCAGGUCACGGACGGUGCGCUCUAUCGCACCAAGAUACACUGUUACUUUCUGGACCAAACUCGCGUUAUUCGUCCAUUGCCUAAGGAGAAGAACUAUCACAUUUUCUACCAGCUGCUCGCCGGCCUCAACAGGGAGGAGCGCCAGAAGCUCCAUUUGGAGGGCUACUCCCCGGCGAAUCUGCGCUAUCUCCGCGGCGACAUCACCCAGAAUGAGCACGAGGACGCGGUGCGCUUUCAGGCCUGGAAAACUUGCCUGGGCAUAUUGGGAAUACCCUUCUUGGACGUGGUGCGUGUCCUCGCUGCUGUGCUAUUGCUGGGCAACGUUCAGUUUAUCGACGGUGGGGGCCUCGAGGUGGACGUAAAGGGCGAGACGGAGCUGAAUUCGGUGGCCAGUCUGUUGGGGGUGCCGCCGGCCGCACUGUUCCGCGGACUGACCACGCGCACCCACAACGUGCGGGGCCAGCUGGUGAAGUCGGUGUGCGGGGAUGGGGAUGCGAACAUGACACGCGAUUGCCUGGCCAAGGCGCUCUACUGCCGGUUGGUGGCGACGAUUGUUAGGCGAGCGAACAGCCUGAAGCGUCUGGGCUCGACGCUGGGCACGUUGAGCUCGGACUCGAACGAGUCCGUGCACAACCAGGCGGAUGCGGCGUCGCAGCACACGUCGACCAUUGGCGGCGGCAAUGCGGGCUCCAAAUCGAUGGCAGCUCUGAAUAAUGCGGUGCGGCAUGCCACGGACGGAUUCAUUGGCAUACUGGACAUGUUCGGGUUCGAGGAGCCCUCGCCGCACGCCCAGCUGGAGCAUUUGUGCAUCAAUUUGUGCGCGGAGACCAUGCAGCACUUUUACAAUACGCACAUUUUCAAAUCGUCCGUGGAGUCGUGCCGGGACGAGGGUAUUGUGUGCGAAACCGAGGUGGACUAUGUCGAUAAUGUGCCAUGCAUCGAUCUGAUAUCCUCGCUGCGCACGGGCCUGCUCAGCCUGUUGGACAUGGAGUGCUCGGUGCGCGGCACGGCCGAGAGCUACGUGACCAAGCUGAAGGUGCAGCAUCGCUGCUCGACGCGUCUGGAGACGAGAACCGCCCUGGAGCCGGACGAUCCUCGACUCUUUGCCAUUCGGCACUUCGCCGGACGCGUGGAAUACGACACCACGGACUUUCUGGACACCAACCGAGACGUGGUGCCGGACGAUCUGGUCGCCGUGUUCUACAAGCACAGCUGCAACUUUGGAUUCGCUACGCAUCUAUUUGGAUCCGAGCUGAAGGCUCUCUAUGCCCAGCAGCACGCGCCACGUGGUCUCAGCUUCCGCAUCUCGCCCACCUCCCACUCGGACUUGCUGAACGGGGAUGAGCCGGUCUCGACGCUAACUCAGGAUUUUCACACGCGGCUGGAUAAUCUGCUGCGCACCCUGGUCCAUGCCCGGCCGCACUUUGUGCGCUGCAUCCGGAGCAAUACAUUCGAGCAGCCGGGCCGGUUCGAUCGGGUGACUGUGGUGCGCCAGAUCCGAUCGCUGCAGGUCUUGGAGACCGUGAAUCUCAUGGCCUCGGGCUUUCCGCACCGCAUGCGAUUCAAGCAGUUCAAUGCCCGCUAUCGAAUGCUCGCUCCCUUCCGGCUGCUGCGGCGCACCGAGGACAAAGCUCUCGAGGAUUGCCAGCUGAUACUUCAGUACGCCAUGGGCAUGGAACAGCUGCCCGUGCAGGAUGGCUCUGUCACGCUGGCCUGGGCCCCGGGCAAGCGGCACGUUUUCAUCAGCGAGGGCAUACGCCAGCAUCUCGAGCACCUGCGCACGGAGAUUCGGCACAGGAGCGCCACCCGCAUCCAAUCCAUCUGGCGCGGCUGGUGCUGGCGCAAGAAGAUGGGCAGCAGCCUGAAGCGAUCCUGUGCCACCGAUGCCGGCCUAAUCUCGGCGCUGCCCGCCAUCGCCAGCACCUGUGCCAAGCUCGUCAAUGCCCACAACAAUCCCACGGGCAAAGCAGCCACUGCAGCCAUGGCCGCCCUGGCGGCAGUCGCAACCGCAGCUCCCAAUACGGUCUCGCGCCUGUCCGCCAAAUCCACAAACCAAACGCCGGGUCUGGGCAUCGGAGGUGCCGUGACUCGGCCACGCCCUCAGCCUAUUGCCGGCACACCACCGCCGGAUCCGCACGAGAAAUGCGACCAGAAGAUUAUCCAGCAAACAUGUAGUCUCUUCGGACUCGACCUGGAACGCCCUCCGCCCGUUCCACUAUCUCGGGCUUAUACCAUCACAGCCAAUUCAAAGAAGCUGGGCUAUCCGCAAAGUCGCAUCAUGAAAAUGAAUUUUCCGGAGGAUGCACUGGCUAAUCCGGCGCCAGGUGAACUGCAGCAGCUGAAAAAGGGCGACACCGUGACCGUUGUGGGCGCCUCCAGUGGGCGGGGCCAUUUGGUUGUCGAGCACAAAGGCCAGACCUAUCACGUGCCCUUCCAGUACAUGGAGCUGAGCGGCCAAACCGUUGCCUCUGCCAGCAAUGCCGCCGGCAAUGCCACUAUGGCCAUAUCCUCCGCCUUGAUGUCGGCUGGCCAGUCGAAUGGGGUGAAAAUCUGAAAUGACGCUGAUCAGCCAGGAAAUGACACUUUCCGACGGAGACUGUAAAUAACUGACCAACUUAGUAUAAGUGACUAAAUUUAAAAUAUGAAUCGCCGCGAUUUGAGUUGUCCGAUGGAGUAUUAUUUGUGUGUUUUUCAUAUGACAAUAGGUUGUAGCUUCCAGUGCCAAUCAAGUGGGGUUUUUCCAAUAAUAAUAAUCUCUACGGUUUUGUUGUUAUAUAUAGUUUAUAAAAUAGAAAACAUGUAGUUAGUAUAAGUCGCUUCUGAAGCCUCGUUUAAUUGAACCUUUAUCUGGCUGCCUUCAGCGUAUCGUGGACUAAAUAAGGGUAAAAUGCAUGCGGUUUUUCAUUGUUGCUCAUUGCCUGAUUCAUUAUAAUAUUAUAUUAUUCAUAUGGCAAUAUAUACAUAUAUAUAUAUAUUGAUUUAGUUUUUUCACACAUAUAUUUAUUUAUUAAGUCAUGUUGCGUACAUAAUGUACUAAACAUUCCACUUCAUCCAUUAAAGAAAUAGAAGGCAUGUACAACA